AUGGCUAUCUUUCCAUUCAAGUUCAAUACCAGAAAUAUUUUAAAUAGGUAUCAUCAUUUUUCUGUCUUUCGGUCUUUUACAAAUUCGGGUCUUGCUUCUUAUUCUAUUAAUCUUCAGAACUCAAAACCUACCUUUUCUAUUCAAACAUCGGUCAUACCAAUCGAAAUUAAAGAUUCGAGUGCAGAAAGUAUUAGGAUUUCAGAUGAAGAAGAAGUGAUCCAUAGAACCUCGGUUCUAGGAAGACCGAUGUUCGAUCGUUUGGUAAAUCACUCGAUACUCAUGAGCUCAUUCCAAGGAAUCCAAAGAUGCCUUUUUUACUUUCUGCAUCUCAGGUAACACAUCCUUUGAACCCUUUACGUCGAAUGUCAAGUUCGGAUGUUAAAAAGUAUAAGGGAAAAAGGAAGUCGAAUGUGAAGUUUUCACAGAGAAAUCAGGAAUCUUUUAUACCUGCAGGACUAGAGUGGAAACCUUCUCAAGCUGUUAAUUCACCUCACUCUGUCGAUUGGUCUAUGGAUGGUAGUGGUCCCACGGUAGCGGCUCCUCCUUUUGAAUCAUCUUCUCGCCACACACAACAUCGGUCAGACGUCGGUUCACAGCGCUAUACUCAAAAGCGGUCAGGCGCCGGUUCGCAACGCCAUACACCACAGCGUUCAGGCGCCGGCUCACAGCGCCAUCGACAACAGGGGUCAGAUGACGGCUCACAGCAUAAUACACCUGAUAGAGGACAGUUUCAAAGACCGGCGAAAUUUGGGACAGAAAGACGAGACGAAGCUCAGGAGUCAAAGCGUUUGAAAGUUCAAGAACGUAUCGAUAGACGAAUGCGAGUCUUACAAACAAGAAAAGAUAGAGUCACACGUAGACACGCAAGAAAAGAACAAAAAGUUCAAGAUCAUCUAGAUGAAUUAGAACGUAGAAGACAAAUUAGGAUUAAAGGAGAGAAUCAUGAGACGAAAUGUGGAUUGAUUAAUUUUCCUACUUUUAUUGAGUUGGAUUCCAAAAAGAUGAAAAAAGUUAAAAAGCUUAAACCGAAUUCAAUCGUCAAAGAAACUACUUCAACCGAACUCGUCAAGAAUGUAGAUAAUCGUGUCAACUCGAUGUUUCGGGGAACAUCUAAUCCUCCUCCGGCGAGCUCUAACUCUCAUUCUUCAAUGAGGGACGGUCAGCCUCUUGCCGGAUCUUCGCGGGGACCUGAUAAUUCUCGUAAGGAUAGGGUGAAUUCAACCGAUCGGUAUAAUUCUCAGCAAGUACCACUUCCUCAUCAACUUCAUCCAGUCAAUUCCCAACAAAAUACCGAACCUGUUCUUACGCCGCAAGCCAGAAGCCGGUCAGAAAAAGAGGCGCACAAAGUGACAUCAUCGGUGCGGGGUUCAAUGCCACAGCCUGCUAUCAUAAAUGCACAGCAAAGUCAUCCAUCCUUCACACAGAAUCGUAGCCAGCCCGACCAAUACUCUUCAGUGCUGAGUCAUUUUCCGUCGGAUCCUACUCAGGCACGAGAUCGGGAGAAGCAUCACUCAUUUUCCACGCCUCAGUCGCUCUCGGCCAGUCAUCUUCCAGGAAAGGACCUACCCUCUUCACCGCGUCCUGUCGCAAAAGAACUGCACCAUCCCUCGGAGAUGUCUCAUCAAACUACUUCGACCGCAAAAUACCCUUCGAAUGGAUCUGAUAUCUCCAGAAACAAUCCCCCGCAUCAGACACCUCUUUCAGGUCCCUCAUCAUAUAUCACCACACAACCCAAGGAUACGCAAAUCUCGUCCAUAUCCCAUACCCCCAACCGAGAUUCACCACCUCAUCAAAUACCUUCACGUCCUGCCUUCUCAACACCUUCUUUACUAGACACAGGAGAUUUUGCAUUAAAGAACCAACUUGUAAAGAUGUAUAUGACAGAAGAAGGUACACUGAAUCCAACACCAGAACAAAACCAAAGAUCUGAAAUCGAAUUAGGUUGGUUAAGAAUCGCAGCCGAAAAAGAAAUUCAAAAGACUCGAAUCAGAUCGUAUUCUCCUAUUUCACUUAGUGAUCAUCUUAAAGUUCAAGAACAAACUAAUGUAAUGGUUCAAGAAUUGUUGAAAGAAUGGGUUGGUGAAUAUACUGUUAAUAAGAAACCAAUUGCUUAUAUUAUUGAGGAAUGUGAUGUUCCUUUUGGAAACAUUCAGAUUGCGGUUCAGCCUCCUAUACUGAUACCUAGGCCUGAGACUGAGCAAUGGACUUGCAAGCUUUCUGAUAUGAUCAAAACUUGGAACGAUCCGGAAAAAUCUGGUACUAAACCUCAGUUUGGGAAGCAUGAUUUAAAGGUGUUAGAUAUAGGUACAGGAAGUGGAUGUAUACCUACUUAUUUAGCUUAUAAUCAUCCUAAUAUCUUUGUGAUGGGUGUUGAUGUGGAUCAUCAAGCGAUUGAAGUUGCAAAACGAAAUGCAUUUAGUUAUGGACUUACGUUUUUUCAAAGACAAGCACUUCAAAACACUCGAUCUAAAGUUUUACAUUACCGUGGUCAAGCUUCGUUUAUGAAUUUGAAUUUGUUUUCAACAAGCUUUGUUGAAGAUGUUCUUAAUGGAUUACGUAGGAAAUCUGAAUUGACCAAUGAAGAAUUAUCAAUCAAAGAUGAGAAUGAAGAUGAAAGAUUCGAUAUGAUAAUUUCAAAUCCACCUUAUAUUACCAUCAUCAAUUUAUUGAAAUCUAAAACUUUUGCUAAUCAAUUUAAUAAAAGAUCACAAAGUUUUAAUCAACCGAUCCCAUCACCAUCAUCAUCAUCUUCAUCAUCGGUCAUGAAUUCGAACGGAUUGUUACCUAAGACGGUAAGCAUGAUGCAAGAAUUAGGAUUAAAAUUACCUAAGAAGAUUAGAGAAAGUAUGAAUCGAGUUGAUGAAGCAGAAGAAGAAGAAGAGAUUGAAAGGAUAAGAUUAGAAAAAGAUGAUGGAUUAGAUUUUUAUAAAGAAAUCUUGAAUCGGAUUAAGAAUGAAGGGAUUUUGAAAAAAAGAUUGGAUCGAGAAACAAAACAGGUAUGCUUGCCGAGGGUUUUGUUUGAAGUUGGAAAUGGUCAAGCUGUAGAUGUGAAAAGGUUGAUGAUUGAUCAAUUGAAGGAUACUGAAAUGGUUUCUAAAGUUGAGAUUUGGAAUGAUUUUUCGGGAGUCGGUAGGGUGGUUGUUGGAUUUUGAUAAAAAAAAGAAAUUCCAUUUUUUUUUUCAAGAAUUAAGAUGAUUUUAUUAUGUGUAUUCAGUUUUGGAAUGAAUAACCUUCAAAUAAAAGUGAGAAAAAAAGUUGAAUUUGAUUG